CCGAGCAUCAGUUGUUGGUGGAGCGUCGACCGCGGUCACAUAUACACGGCUGCAACAUGGAAGUGGCAAUGAUCCUUCUGUUGUUGGUCGGCUCUGCGCUGGCGGGGACCGAUCAAGGGGCACGAGACGAAUUCACUGGAUUGGCGGUGGACUUCUUCAUGGGCAAGGACAAGUUGGCAUCCCACCUUGAGAUGACUCCGUCCGAGGACUGUGUGGAAGGGGACAUGCAGAUGAAUGAGGAACAGAAGCAGGCGUACUACAUGAUGCGAGAAGUGACGGCCAAGAACAGGGCCCGCGUGCGACGAGCGGCCACCAAAGCCUUCCGCCUGUGGCCCGACAACACUUUUGUUUACAAGUUCGACCCAAGGCUGUCUUCGGCAAUGCGAGCUAAGUUCAUGCAGGCUGUUGAGACAUACAAAGCUACGACAUGCAUCCAGUUCCAUGAAGCGAAAGAAGGCUAUAGUGGCAGCAUCCCUCCACUCACGGUCUACGGAACUGGUAAUGGGUGCUUCUCGACCGUCGGUGGACCGGGCGGUAAAAUUAACCUGCAGGAGGGUCGCUGCAAUCACCUCGGAGUUUGCCUGCAUGAGAUAGGUCAUGCCCUCGGAGCCUACCACGAACAUACACGCCCCGACCGCCGUGAACACGUCUCCAUCAAGGAGGAGAACAUCAGAAAUGGUUACGAAGGUAAUUUCAAGGUUGUGGACCGUCUCCUCGUCGGGAUCUACGAUCUGCAGUCCGCCAUGCAUUAUGCGUGUGAUGCUUUCAGCAAAGAUGGCCGCUCGGAAACAAUCGUGCCUCAUGACGAGUUAAUGAAAGAAAAGAUGGGCUUGCAGAGGAAACUUUCGCGAUUGGAUAUAUAUAAAUUUAACAAAAUGUACAGUUGUUAUGAGAGUUGUCCCGACGAUCUUGAGACAGCAUGCAAGCAUGGUGGAGUGCCGUCCAAGGACUGCACUUGCCUCUGCCCAGAUGAGUACACAGGAAUCUACUGUGAAACUUUCAAGAAGACGACGGAGUGCAGUGCAGAAUAUAAGGACACAUCAGGGAUAAUCCGGAGCCCUGGAUUCACCAGAGGAAGUAGAUACCCAAGCAAUACCGAAUGUGUCUAUGCCAUUGAGUGUCCCGAAGGCACCAAGGUUCACCUGACAUUCAGAAGCUUCGACAUCGAGGGAUGGGGCUGCUUCUUCGAUACUUUUGAGACGAAAACUGGCCCUGCCGUAGAGGAGGUUUACCCCAACUUGUACUGUGAUAAGGCAUUGCGCGGAAAGACUUUGACAUCGAAGGAAAAUUUGGCAUUGCUGAAGUUCAAUAGCGACUCAUACUACAACUAUCCUGGAUACGAACUGGAAUACGUCUGUGAGUAAAUCCAUACCGGACAGCACUUACCUGACAAGGAACAGUACACAGUUGAUGCCGUCUCAUGAAAGCUGAGAUUUAGUUGUAGUUUGCACGCCGUUUAGUUGCCUCUUAGCUUAUUGGAACAAAGCAUCUUAUUCCACAUUUCUGCACUUAAAAUUGUCAUUAAUUGAAAUAUUACCAUAAAUGUUGGUCCCCAAAAGAUUGAGGAGAACUUGUAAUUCCAGAAAAAAGUAGUUCAUAUCGUCAUCAAUAUGAUUAUCAGUGUAUAGUGUCCAGAUGUAUAAAAAAAACCCUAAAAUACAAAUGGUAGCAUGGUUGGAAUAUAAUGAAGUUGACGUGUGAUAAUUUAGGUUUUAAACACAACCUUAAAAUCUAUAAUAUCAUAAGAUUUAAUUUUUUGCAAACAAUACUCAUUGCUGGUGUGGGAAUGGAUGUACUGAGGAUCUGCACCCUUCUAGUUUGAGAAUGGAUAAGCGCGUUUUACUGACGGAAUCGUCCCAACUAAACGAUCCAAGAAGAUAUGCGUUUGGACACCAUCACAGGUACUUCACAACAGUUAUAAAAGUUCUCCGAGAUGUUUAAAUCAAAAUUGUUUCUAGUUAAUCCAUAUCAUAGGGCGAUCUUACAUUAAAUGCAAGUCCUGUUCAGAGAGUGUUCAGAGCAACAGAUAGAUGCAGAAAGGGGAGUGGCGUAGCGAAGGCAUUUUCUUUUUUUUUGGGGGGGGGUGCCAACUUGUAACUUGUUCGCCAACCUCGUGUCGUGUGAAAUUUACAAAGUGAUCCAUGGUACGCUACAUUUCAUGCUUCAGGGAGAAUGCCGACGGCCAAUUUUGGAUUCAUAUGCCGACCGAAGAUCUAUUUGCUGAUUGGAAUUGGAGGGGGGGGUUGCUGCACCCUCACGCCCCACGGUUGCUACGUCCCUGAGAAAGGUCAUUUUAGGUCUUUUCCCGCAUUUAUUUUUACGAACUCACAGACACAUUCUUUUUCUCCAUUGAUUCACCCGCUUAAAUAAGCUCGUCGGUACGGGGAUGGGCGUCUCAGCAUGGACUGAAGUAAAAAGUAAUAUUUUGGAAAAUCUUGUAUAAAAAUGUGCUUCACAUAAUUAAGAUCAGGAAAUGAUUAAAUACACCUGAUUAAAACGGUAGCUUUGCCGUAGAAAAAUAUAUGUCUGCACAUCAGGAA